AUGUUCAGCCAUAGUGGGGGGUAUCACUACUAUUGUACAUGCAAAUUUAAAUGUGGAAAUAUAACGCUGCCCUUGCUUUUCUCUUUGAAAAUUGAUAAAAAUAGUGCUACCCAAACUGAAUGUGGUGUCAUCGGGGCCGGCGUCUCUACAACAGGGCUACCAUUGGUCCCUGUGAAAGUGAAGUGUGCUGGCUCGUUUCGAGUGGUGCUGACGUAUGCGUUCCUUGAUCCUGGUUCUAAUACGACAUUCUGUUCAAAUGAACUGUUGGAGCAACUUGGCAUCACAGGAAAGAAAACAACAUUAUCUUUGACAACCCUACAGAACGUACAGCAGACGACCAGAUGUAGUGUGACCAGUUUGGAAGUUUGGGAUUUAAACGAAGAGAACUUACUGGAACUUCCUACUGUUUUCUCGACCGAACGGUUACCUGUCGAUAGAUCUAGCAUUCCGCUUCAAAAGGAUGUUGACAGAUGGCCUCAUCUCAGAAACGUAAACGUACAGAAAAUCGAUGCCGCCGUUGGCUUACUAAUCGGGAAUGAUGUACCAAAGGCAUUGGAACCGAAGGAAGUCAGAGAGAGCAGUGGCAAGGGACCGUACGCCGUGAGAACAGUUUUUGGUUGGACGAUAAAUGGCCCGCUUGGAAGAAAUAAGACGGCUCGUCGUCGCGCGAACUUCAUUCGAUCUGAUCAUGACCUAAAUGAACAGUUUCAAACAUUUUGCAAUAUGGAGUUCAACGACUCUGUAUAUGACACAAAACUGGAGAUGUCGGUAGAGGAUUCUCGUGCUCUUGGCAUGAUGGAAGGCUCGGUUCAGCUAAAGGACGAACACUAUGAAGUAGCUUUACCAUGGAAAAAUUUCCCGCCACGUCUGCCAAACAAUCGUCCAUUAGCGGAACAUCGCCUGAACCUUUUAAAGAAGAGGCUUCUCAAAGAUCCUCAACUGCUUUCAAAGUAUUCAGAAUUCAUGGAUAACAUGCUAAGCAGGAAGUAUGUUCGCAAGGUUCCUGAGAGUUCGAUAAACCAACCUAAACUACCUUUAUGGUACUUACCCCACCAUCCCGUAAUCAAUCCAAAUAAGCCCAGCAAGAUUUGCGUAGUUUUCGACUGUGCAGUAGUUUUCCGCGGGACGUCACUCAAUAGUCAACUAUUACAAGGUCCAGAUCUAACAAACAGUCUUGUUGGAGUUUUAAUUCGCUUCCGAACGGAUCCUGUGGCCUUGAUAGCGGAUAUAGAGGCUAUGUUCCACCAAGUCCGCGUUACACCAAGCGACUAUGACGCAUUACGAUUCCUCUGGUGGCACCAAAAUGAUCUUGAUAAAGAACCCCAAGAAUUCCAGAUGAUGGUUCACCUUUUCGGCGCAACGUCCUCCCCGAGUUGUGCGAAUUUUGCACUCCGAAGAACUGCCGAAGACAACUCAGACGACUUUGGUGCUGAGAUAUCAGAUAUAGUAAAACGGAACUUCUAUGUGGACGACUGUUUAAAGUCUGUUAAAGAUGACGAAGUGGGCAUCAAAACGGAAACAACCAUUCCACGACUGGAAUUAUCGGCUGCUGUGGUUGCGACAAGACUCGACAAGAUGAUACGAAACGAAAUCGAUAUUGAAAUCCAUGCCCCCAUCUUUUGGACAGACAGCACCUGUGUUCUGGGGUAUCUGAAUAACACAAGCAAAAGAUUCCAGACAUUUGUUGCGAACAGAGUUGCCACCAUUCAUGAAACAACCACGCCUGAGCAAUGGAGACACGUGACCAGUGAAGAGAACCCCGCUGAUGACGCCUCACGAGGACUAUCUGCAGAUUCCUUGUUACGCAGUAAUCGUUGGUUGAAUGGUCCCGAAUUUUUAUGGAAACCAGAGAAUUAUUGGCCAUGUCAAAUCAACCUGGCCGUUGCAGUCAGCGAUGACGACCCAGAAGUCAAGAAGAAUGCCAAGCCUUCUCUAUUGAAGAUAGUUCACACGCCACAGUUGAAGGAAUUAUCGAGAGAUUUUCGUCAUGGGAGAAGCUGA